AAAUAUGGAUUACAAAUGGGAGAGAAGGACAAAACCUCAUCUGCUCUGGGUAAGUCCUCAUAAAACAGUCACAUCAAGAAAGCCAAAAGGUGAGACUGUUAUCAGACAACCCCAGCCAGGAAGAUCAGAGAAAUCUCAACAAAACACUUCCCACAAUGACUCCACAAUAUUUUUCAAAUCUCCCAGAAGAACUGAAAAAGUGGUACAGGACCAAGUUACCACAAAGGCAAAUAUAAAAGCACUGAUGCUGCUCAUCAUAUCCAGAAGAGAAGCCAUUAAAAACCUAGAGGAGCACUGUAACAAACUUCAAGAGAGAAAUCUGCAGAUAGCCAGGAGCAUUAUGGAUACAGAGAGAAAUUCAAUGUCUAUGAACAAAGAACUCGUUCAGCAAGAAAAAAUGAGGAGAUCAAUAAUAGCCUUAAAACGAUGGGAUGACAGUCAGAUCAGAAGUGUCAAAGCAGAGCUGGCAGAUGCAAAGAAAACAUCACAGACAUCUCUCAAAGGUCUGCAGGAGCAUCUGGAUAUGGUGCAAGCAGAGGUUGGUGAGGCUCAGAAGCAGCUGCACAUCUUGAAGACAUACAAAGAUAUGGAGUUCCCAGUCAAGGCCCUGCAGAUUGCAGACAUGGAGAGACAGCUGGAAAGCCUAAAGGAAAUGCAGCAGAAUGAGCAGGAAGAUGUGAAUUCAUUGUUUGAAAAAGAAAUGGUCAAACUGGAGAGAUGUCAACAACAAAGAGAACAGAAAGUGUGGACCAGCGCUGUUGAGAAACAUGCAUGCCGCAUCCCUCCCAUUGUCAUACUGAUGGCCACACAAAACCAUAGAAUGAGGGAGGAGAUAAAUAUGCACAGAAAGGAGAUAAGUGAGGUGGAGCAGAAGAACAAAGAGCUAAUGAAGAGUAUUCGAGAACUGCGACUUUCAAGACCAAACUUGAGGAGAGAGAUUUUUCCAGAUGUUUUCCUCAAACCAGAUAAGCAUGCAUAUGUUUAUAAGAUGACACUCAACACACAAAAAGAGCGAAAGGAACCCCUGAGAAGAAGAGCGAGUACUCCCAUCCCCUCUUCUCGCCAGGCACGCCAGGGAGAUAGAGACCCCUCGUCUGACCCGUGUCACCCUCCUCUUGCCCAGUCAGCCUCAUACCACACCGGAGACAAGAGCUUACACUCCCGGGCCAAUUGGUCUUCAGACUCGGAGUCUGACAGCUCUGGAUCAGAAUGCCUUUAUCGUGUGGUUCUGUUGGGGGAUCAUGGUGUUGGGAAGUCGAGCCUUGCCAACAUAUUUGCUGGAAUACAGGAGAAGGAUACUCACAAGCACAUCGGAGAGGACACGUAUGAGAGAACCCUUACAGUGGAUGGGGAGGAGACGACUCUGGUUGUGAUGGACACGUGGGAAUCAGAAAAACAGGAGGAAGAUGAGAAGUGGGUGCAGGACUACUGCAUGCAGGUGGGCAACGCUUACAUCAUUGUGUAUUCCAUCACCGAACGCAGCAGCUUCGAGAGCGCCUCAGAGUUGCGGAUCCAGUUGCGUCGCAUCCGGCAGGCCGAAAACAUUCCCAUUAUCCUCGUGGGGAAUAAAAGUGACUUGGUGCGCUCCCGAGAGGUGGCGGUGGAAGAGGGUCGGGCUUGCGCGGUGGUGUUUGACUGCAAGUUCAUAGAAACCUCUGCCUCCCUCCAUCACAACGUUCACGAGCUCUUUGAGGGCAUUGUGAGGCAAAUACGACUGAGGCGAGACACCAAAGAGAUGAACGAGCGCCGUCGUUCAGUCUACAAGCGAAAAGAGAGCAUCACAAAGAAGGCCAGGCGCUUCCUGGAUCGGAUGGUGGCCAAGAAUAACAAGAAAAUGGCCCUGAAGGUCCGCUCCAAGUCUUGCCAUGACCUUGCGGUGCUGUGAACCCGCAGAUGCACAAGUUGUGUCCGCUCAGAUUUCUUGGACUUUAGAUAUUCUGUUUCUUUAUGGUUUAUGCUCAUAAAGCACAGAUAAUUUGUUCGCUUUUGAAGUUGAAUACACUUUUUUUAUAUUUAUUUGUCCAUUUCAAGGUAUAGUUACCCUGAAGACAGAAGUUUCGCUUUUUGUCAUAUGUGCUGUAGGUCAUCUAUUUGAUAGGUGUUUGAAUUGAACCAAAGGCUUAUUACUGUAUAUCACCAAUCAAGUGGACUUUGUUUGCCUUAUCAAGACUGAGUAAACAAUAGUUAGAAUUAACAAGCAAUAUUUAUUAUUCAGUGUUUUUGUACAGUUUUUCUUAAAGAAUGAUUAUUUGUCAUUUUUUUUUAAGAAACAGUACUUUGUAUUCACUGAAAGAUAUUUGUUAUGAGAAAGGCACAGCCAGAAACCUUAAAGGAGAGGAAUCUGUUAUUAUAUUACAAAUAAGUUUAUUCUAAUAAAGCAAAAAAUAGCAUGGACAUGCCAGUCAUCAUUCAAAAGGGCAUGUGAAUAUCCUCUAUAAGCAUUUAGUGUUUGCAGCUUAUAUGAAUGAGGUAGUGGGUGAGUAAACAGGAACUUUAUACAACAACAACAACAAAAAUAAUGGUUUACAAGCUUUCUAAAUGUAUUUUUGUCUACUUUUUGGCACUGGACUUAGAGGAAAAAUGUUUUGUACAAGUCAGUGCUAAAUGUUGUUGGUUUGUAAAUAUAUAAAUAAAAUUUGUAAAAAAAAGCUAUAUGUAAAUACAAAUGUUUAUUAUGCAUUGCAUAAAUACAAACAUAAUAACAGACUUUGUGUUUUUUAAUCUUGUUAAAUGUGUAAUUGUUUUUA